AUGAAUCCGUCAACAUUUUCCGGAAAUUUUCUGUUCAGCAGUCCAACAAAUACCAAAAGCAAGAGCAAUACAUGUCAUUUUAUCGAUAUAUUCGAUUUUAUCUUUGUUGCACAUCCUGAUUCGGGACGUAUUGAAGGUAGAGAAAGUGAACGAGUUUUUUAUUUCAACAGUCCCCAAAAUGAGUCAGUGGAAAAACAGACGCAGAUAACAGGUUUUGCGGAAGCGGUUGUUAAUUUCACUGAAAAUUUUACGGAAAAAAAGGAUGAGUCAGAAUUCCAAUAUCGCUAUGUGAAUACUUCUAAACAGUUGCAUGUCUAUAUUCAGGUAGAAUCUGGAAAAUUUAUUGUUGGAGCUGGUAUAAACAAAGAACUUAGCAUCAACGAGGAUUACAUCAUACGGGGAUCAGCUAUCAAGGCAGUACUAAUAACAGCUUACAAAAUGUUUUGUUUAUUUUUUGGUCCGUUCUCUCGACUUGUGGUAGGUAAUUCUGCGCAUUUGAAGGAUCGUUUGGAGUAUUUCUUCUCACGUUACCUUCCACAACUUCGUCUUCAUCGUAUGCCUCUACUGGAUGUGUUUUGUGGUGUUGAUUAUCUAUCUUUAGACAGUAUAAAUUAUUUACGAGUUGAGAAUUUUUUGGAUGAUCUAGUGGAAACUUUCCCUCAAAUUUCGAAAAGAGUAUUUUUUUAUCAAGAACGUCUAAUAACCUAUAGUGUUUCCAAAACCGAUUUACCUAUACUUUGUCGAUAUCUCACGCAGCAUCUUCUUAGCAGAUCAUUGAAAGAAGAAUUACAGCCUGAAAAAUGUAACAGGAAGGGUGCAAUCCAUCGAGGGAAAUUUUUGACGGGUUUAGUGGUGCCAGCCAAAAGCGCUUCAAUCAACGACGAAUGUGAUGCUAAGUUACCGGUUGUUUAUUUAUGUGAUGAUAAUAACGAACGAAGGCUUGUACCUUAUGAAAUGAUCGUUUAUCGUGCUUUAAACGCUACAGUUUGCAUGUUCAGUCAGAAAAGUAUUGAUGCUCAAUUUCUACAACGGUUAGAUGAAUAUCUUGGACUGGAAUUAACUGCCCUAGCGUCUCUUGUGGCUGAAUCAUACGGUAAUAUGAAUGAUAUAUCAAAGAAAGAAAACGAGUUUCAUUUCAUAUACUUCAAUCCGGAAAGUAUGAGCCUUAAGACGAGUCUUGCGGAAAAUAUUGAAUCUAGCCGUAAUUCAAAUCUACCCUCUAUACCGUCUUCAGUGUACAAAUCGGCUUGUGAUAUAUUUGAUGAAUUCUUAGAAAACAAUGAUUUUGGUGAAACAUCAGUAAAGUUAGAUACCGAUUGGUGGAUUAUUAUCAAAAAAGUAAACAAACGAUUUUUACUGCUCAUAUUACGAAGUGCUACACUUACUGCACCGGCUGAAGUGCAGCAAUAUGUUAAUGAUAUUAUCAAGAUUAACUUCGACACUGUAUUUUUGUUCUAA